AUGACGCCCACGCCAACCGUGGGUGAGGCGAGGCCGGUGCAGAAGCGGCUGUACACUCGCUUGCCUGCCCUCGCCCUACUUUUCUACCUGCUCUGCCUCAGCCCCACAGCCCAAGGAAACGAUGGUCUUGUGACAGUCCUCCAACCCAUGAACUCCCGCCAGAUCGAACGAACCUUCCAGACACAGACACGCGUCGUCUCCCGCUCCGGGUCCGAUGCCGAUGCCUUUCUCACCCAGCUGCGCGAGACCGAACCCCUCGCUCAACACAUGGCGAGCCUCGAAGCCUUUGGUUCCAUCUAUCGCCAGGCCGCCGGCUUCCCCAAUGCCAUCAAGGCGAUGCGUUUGAACCAAAAGUAUUCAACGACGCCAAGCUGGGCCGAGCUUCAGAACAUGAGCGAUGUGACCAGCGUCGUCUACAAGCGUGAGUUUGACCGCAAGGCCCAGCCAUCGGCCCUCGAGUCCCUCAUCGAAUCCGAACUCGGCAUCGAUGCCACCGUUCACGCCUACUUUACUCCUGCCAACGCCCAGACCCUCGAGCCCCACACGGAUCCAUACGACGUCGUCGUGGUCCAGGUGGCAAACCAAAAACACUGGACCCUCUGCCUCCCCCAGACAGACAACGCCACCGUCUCCCUCUCAGAAGCCGACCGUGCCCAGCUCCAGGAGAUCAAACGCAGCCACCUCGACGGCUGCACCACCUACACCAUGUCCAUGCUCCAGCCCAUGAUCUGCCGCAACGUCACCCUCCACCAAGGCGACAGCAUGUACCUCCCCAAGGGCGUCAUCCACUACGCCGUCACCACCGAUACCCCCUCUGCCCAUCUCACCAUCGGUCUCUCCCGCACGGGCCGCACCUGGCUCGACGUUCUCACUGCCCAGUGCCAGCGCACUACCCUCCCCAGUUACGUCUGCCAUCAGUAUGAGGCACUCGCCAAUGCCGUUGGUCAGACGCCUGAGGGCCUCAUUUGGCACGAGCUGGCUGUGCCGGGCCUGGCUACUUGGCGCGAACAGCUCUGCGCCAGCCUGAGCCCGCUGAUUAUGGGUGAAGCGUCGUACUCGCUUCUUUCGGCACUCAGUGGUAUUCGCUUUGAGCAGCUGCAACGCAGUCUGGGUGAUCGCUCUGGUCUCUACUGGCCCCGUCAAAAACUUCGCCAAAAUCUUGGCGCUCUGUUGCAGUGUGCGGGCAAUGAGCUCGUUGAGCGUGUCUCCAGUGUCCGCGACACGGCGAUGGGCAUGGAACGCAGUCGUCGUGGCACGAGUUGGGUUGCGCCUUGCUCGUCCGCCGGCACAUGUUCCUCCUCUGGCUGCGAUUGUGAUGGCAGUAAUUGCGGCGGCUCGGUAAACUGCGAUAGCAGUUGUGACUCGGGGUGUGAUCAAAACUGUGGUUGCGACGGAGGUACCUCGUGCAACGCUGGAUACUAUCAGUCUGGUGACACAGUGGAUGGCGUGUGUGUUGCCUGCACGGCCGGCAAAGCCCAAUCUAGCAGUGGACAGACGAGUUGUUCCUCGUGUGCUCAAGGCAAAUAUGCGUCGGGCACUGGCAAUACUGCCUGCACGUCGUGCUCGAGCGGCACAUACACUGACCAGACAGGCCAAAGUUCUUGCAAGCAGGCCGGUACGGGCUACUAUGUAUCUGACUCUGAUCGCACUACCCGCAAGGCCUGUCCAGUGGGCAAGUAUUCAGAUGUUAACACGGCGAAUUCUUGCAAAAGUUGCCAGUCCUCGCCUUGGCCAGGAAAAUAUCAAGAUUCGACGGCGCAGUCAUCUUGUCAGACGUGUCCAGAUGGAACCUACGUCACGACGACGGGUGCUACCGAAUGCAUUGAUCAACCCGCUUUCUCCGUGACCUAUGAGGCUUACGCCAAAAAUAUAACCAUUAAGAUCGAUAACUCAGCUCAACGAUGGGCCAAGUUCCGCGUUACUUUGGGCCUGUGGCGAGACCGCGAAUAUGCGUAUGAUGACGCUGUGGGCUAUCCCCUGGAGGUUUCCGCUGAUACCAGCGGUAGUGGCUACGCUGACAUUUCAGACCACACGUUUGCCAACCUCGUGCCAGGCCAGUACUACUAUCUUAAGGUCGAGUCCCAGGACAAGGAUGCGUCAGAGUAUGAGGAUGAGGCCGCCGAGUUCAAUAUUGUGCAGACCACCUGCGGGUGCGAUCAAUCCGACACCACAGGACCCCCCAUCGACGUCAGUGCCACCCAGCACAUGGGCAAAAUCUUCUUCCAAUGGACUGACGAGAGCUACUGUGAAGACGGUUUCAUCAUGCGUCGCGACACCAACACCUUUACUUCUUCCUAUGACGUCGCAUCGAGCUCGGCUUGUGGCACGACACAUCACCCAGAAACCAUUUACGACGAUGCUGUCAUUUCUCCCGAAGUUGAUGUCGGUUCUGCCUAUUCGUACUGCAUAUCCGCUUACUCGCGCACGACGGUCGUGUGGGCCGACAACCAGCAAUUGGAUAGUCGCUACGAGUCCUCGCAGACUUGCAUCGACUUUAAGAUCAAAUGGGAAGCCAUGGUAAAGGGGUCUGUGAACAUUGGCAACGAUGAAUUUGAGAGUGUGCCUGUUGCUGACACCACGAUUGAAUGGACACUGGGUGGCGUUCUCUCUGGCACCACCACCACCGACUCAAACGGUCAAUACGAGAUUUACAUCCAGACUGACCUUUUGAGUCAGAAAUACGAGCAAAUGAACAUUUCUGUCUCUAAGCAGUCUGAAGCAGUCAAUCAUACUUACGAAUGCGAUGGGUUGCCAUGCACUUCUCGCACCUUUCUGGUCGAGUGGCUGACCUUCAAUACCGAAGCUGACUUUACUGACGUCUCAGCUGUGCCGGUGUAUGGCUAUGUCUACAUUAAUGGCACCGAGUCUGACUCGAAUCCAGAUGGUUGUGGCAUGAACAAUGCCCACGUGUGCUUUAACAGCCACUACUCCCAUUCCGCUAUCGUCUGUGCCUACACGGACGCCACUGGCUACUAUGUUGCCCCCAUUCCAGCCGGCAUGGUGGUAUACGGGACCGUCGAUCGCACACCGGAUGGAACUGUUGACACCCUGAGCCUUGUGGGCGAUGUGCUUGCCUAUUCUUACUUCUCAAUCUCCUUCGAUGAGCUCAGCAGUGAAUCGAUCAACUUUCACGAUGUGACGACCCGCAAUGUCACCUUGCAGGUCGCAGGUGGCAAGUGCAAUCGGACCCUUGGAACCUCAACCCUUGUCUUUUCGCUGCCAACAUGUACCAUUCAGAAGGAGGUGCCAGUGCGCUACGAGACCACUUUGCAAAUGCCUGCCACUUUGUGGGAAGUCACCUACACAGGCACAUUGCCUGAUGAUGACACGGACAUUGGAGAUAUGAUGAUCAAUUACUUUGAAGCCGCCGGAACUUUGACGCAGGACGCAGACCUUUCAAGCGACGAUACGACUGUGCGCUGGGAGUAUCACUCAGCUGCCACGAUCAGUGUCGAUAUCGGCAGCACUCUGGCCAGCAGCUGCGAUGUCCACACCAUCAAUCGUGAUGUGAUUUCCAACGUCACUGUUUAUGUUUAUGAAGAGUACUGGAACGACCAAGACGACUGCACUUGGGUCGAGGGCUCACUAUCCGUCACGAAUCUGCUGGGCGAGUCAACUGCUGUGGCCGACAACUUGUUGGCACAAAGUUCCAUUACUGACGCUGAGUAUAGCCGCCUCGUGGUGUGCAACACCGGGUGUGAACUGGAGCUUUUGUAUGAUGAUGGCGAUACAUCGGACACAUACACCAAUGCACGCGGUGAACUGGAGAUUCAGACAGGCGAGCCGGAGCUAUCAUCGGGGGAGAAGGAAGGUGUCAAAUAUGCCAAAAUCUUUUCAGCCAGCUUCACGCAAAGCGUCUAUCAACCCUCAACAACGUACAUCCCCGUGGUGGUCUUGGGCUCAAAGAUCAUCUCUGACCGUUUCACGAUGGAUUUUCCGGAGUACUUUCCCUUGACCAUCGUUUAUGAUCCACCUGGUGGAGAGAGCUAUGCAUACUAUGAAAGCGCCGAAGCCAGCAUGACAAUCACCCACAGCGAAUACAAAGCUUUUGCUGGUGCUUACAGUGAAGUGGCUGGUGGUCUUAGCUUUGGAACCAGUAUGGAAACAUGCGUACUUAUGGCGUGUGUACAGUGGGCCGACUAUAAGACGCAUGUUGGUGUUCAGACUCAUAUUGAUACGCUUGAAAGCGACCUCAAAGGCGACAGAAACGCGGAUGGAUCUGCAGUGUUCACAACGACCUUCAGCUUGAAAACCAGCGAUUACAAGGGCACGCCGUCUGAUCACUUGAUCAUCACGCCUUCGCUCGUUGUCAGGUUUGCUGACGUGCGAACCAUUUCGUUCAACUACACCACCUGCGAGGCAUCAUCAUCGCAGGAUGUACAGUGGAGCUUGAAUCCACGAAGUGCUACAGGGGCCUUCUCGAUCAAGACGUAUCGCUUUCUACAGCUUGAAGAGAUCCCCACGCUUCAAAACAACCUGGCCCUCGCCCAGGCUUCCUAUGACGCACUCAUUGCCGAGGGCUCCACAAAUGAUGCUCUCAUCAACGAAACCUUGGCGAAAGUUGAGAAGCUCACUGAAGCCAUUGACGGCUGGACUGACAUCGUCGACUACAUUGACAACAUUACUGCCCAAGCAGCAGCUGGCAACUUGACAGCGCAAACAAACCUGAUGCCAACCAACUUGAUGCAACAGGCUCGCGAUUUUGACAUGAGUUUGAGUUCCAAUGCGCAAGCCUCUUUGGAGAAAAAUAAUGCCAUCAGCUUCUCGGGUGGGGGAGCCAAGUAUUCUUAUGAGACUGCCGACGAGGAAGAAAGCUCAAAAACUACUGGACACGAAUUUCAACUGGAUUGGAGCACGUUUGUACACGCAGAUCACGACUUUGAAGGUGCCACAGGCGGCUACAUCGAAGGUGAUCUUGGUGCCCAAGGCCAGAACUUUAGGCUCAACCAUACUACCAGGGGCACCCAAACCGCUGAGCGUCAGGGCUUUGAGCUCAGUGAUGGCGACAUGGGCAACGAAUUUCUUGUUGAGGUUUAUCGGGAUCCAUACUUUAACACUUUGGUUUUCCACACAUCGGCGGGCUCAAGCUCAUGCUUGCACGAGAGCAACACCUAUGCUCUUGAACAGCCACGUGUUCAGAUAUCUCGAGAACCCACAAGCGCAGUAUUGCCCUCGAGCAAGGCUUUUUUCACUGUCUAUCUCAUGAACGAUGCCAUCUCGUCGGCCACCUAUGAGCUUUAUGUUCGCAAUGAGACCGGUGUCUCUGUGGCAGCGGAUGGCCAUCCCCUCUUUGAGCCACUGCUCUUCGAGCAGAUGCCUGGACUUGGACAGUAUGAGCAAGUGAUUGCCAUUGAGCGCUACGACAUGAGCCGCUAUACGUUUGAUGUCGUCCUGGGCUUCCGCUCGCGCUGCGAGAGCAUUGAGUUCCUUGGGCGCGACGACUCUGCCUACGAACUGAUGCAGUUCUCGGAAGUGACGCUCUCCGUCGAAUUCCUCCAGCCCUGCUCUCAGGUUGACUGGACUGGCACCAUGAGUCGUGAGAGCUCGUUCCUUGUCAGCAUUGAGGAGAAUGCUGAGGUUUUCCGCAUCACACUCACCAAUCCUGAGACUUCCUCCCGUCGCUGGGAAGACAAUGCCCGGCUGGAGGGCGUCCACCUCAUGUACCGUCGCGUGGGUGACGUGGACUGGACGUACGCCCGAAAUGCCAGUGGGGAUAUCCUCAACUUUAUGUACGACGAGUCGGACUACGGCUACAGUAGCCUCAACUGGGCAGUCGAUGGCGUGCUUGAUGGUGAGUAUGAGCUACAGACCGCGGCCGAAUGCACUGCAGCAGGUCUGGAUCCCCCAGACGGUAUCAAUGAGGUUUUCUCUUCCAUCAUCAGUGGUCGUAUUGAUCGUGAAGCACCCGAAAUCUUUUCUCAGCCCGAGCCCGUGGACGGUGUCUUCUCUGCUGGCGAUGUGAUUUCUGUCAAGAUGACGGAGGAUAUUUUGUGCAGCCGACCUUUCCUCUUCUAUCUCUCUGUGGAUAUUGACGGACUAUUACAGCUUGGUACAAAUGACGUCGACAUCAAGUGCUCCGGCGACACGCUUUCGCUGUCGCUCUAUCGCCAUUUCUCCGCGGCCACUUUGGCUGGUACCAGCGUGACGGUGACCAUAACCAACCUGCUGGACCUGGCGCAGAAUGCGGCCGAUGAGAUUAGCUGGACGUACGAAUACGAGGCAACCACGGAGGACUCGACUACGGUAUCCGUUACGGUUAGCCAAUUGGUUCUGACGGUCGCAUGGAAUGACACGUACGCAGAUCUGAGCAGUGUGGCGUCGAUCGCUCUGGCGGCAGAAGUUGCAAGCGAGCUCGCAACCAGCUUGGGUAUUUCAAGUGCGCGCAUUGCCGUGACCCGAUUCUCGGAUGAAAACAAUAUGACGGCCGCAGACUUGGUGUUCCUACCCCCAAGCACAACAACCGCACGACGCCGUCGCUCGGAGGAUCUCUCGAGCGAGGCCCUCGUUUUUCUACUUGAGCAGGCGUUACAGAAUGGUGGCAACUUCUCAAUCGUCUCUGCCGAUGGCAAUACGUACUUGGAGACGAGCAGCGUCAUUGACACGGACACAAGUACAACUGAAGCAACCACCGUUACCACUACUACUACCACCACCACCUUUGCGGCUGCCUCGGCGCUCAGCCAAACCUGGGACAGUGAUGUAUCUGCGGUCUUUGGACUCGUGGUAGCUGUCUUGGCGGUGCAGGUCUUGGGCUUUGUUGGCUUGUACCUGUAUUUGAAGAAACGCUUGGGCUCAAAACAUUCUGACGCAGCCGCGUUGGGUCGCAAAAAGGGUCACUUUGCUCUCGCAUCCCAGCGCCAGCCCGUCUCGACCUCACGUAUCGAGUCCAGGCCUCGCCUGCAGGAGAGCCAGAUGAGCGGCGAAGGCACGUACAACUUGGCGACUUCGGCCAAGACGACAGUUCAGCUGAUUGACAAUGACAAUGACUACGAUUUUGCCCGCAAUCCUUCCUUGUCUGGGCGACGGCUGAGUGUGGUCGAGGCCUAAAGCAGCUUGUUCUCAGCAACUUUGUCAAGAAGAAAGCCUUGGAUUUUAGUGUCCAGUGUGUAUGUAAAGAAUGGGCAGGCUGCUGGGAUCACCUUGUUUCUUAUUUGCGGUCGGAUUUAUGUGAAAUAACCAACCACCACCUGGAGCAUGCCCAUGUAUUGUAUUGCCACGGCAUGUGAAUGAAGAAUUGAUGAUCAAACGAUG